CCUUGGGAGCAUCAGGUACAGCCUUAUACGGACCGGAGAGGCACUCCACAGCCCCUCUGGCACUGGAUCUGCUCGGGCGCACAGAGGGGCAGUGCCAUGCGCUCUCACGGCAGCGCGCAGCAGCAGCUCCCGGGCGCGGAGAACCGCUCUCUGGAUUUCAGCCUCACUAAUGACUCCGUGAUGGAGAUCGCUGGAAACGGCUCCCACCGGAACGGGUCCGACCCGUUCGCGCGCAACGAGGAGGUGGCCCAAAUCGAGAUCAUGGUCCUGAGCAUCACCUUCGUGGUCGCCGUGAUCGGGAACGUGAGCGUCCUGCUGGCGAUGUACAACACCAAGAAGAAGAUGUCGCGGAUGCACCUCUUCAUCAAGCACCUCAGCCUGGCCGACCUGGUGGUCGCUUUCUUCCAGGUGCUGCCGCAGCUGUGCUGGGAGAUCACCUUCCGCUUCUACGGUCCAGACUUUCUCUGCAGGAUCGUGAAGCACCUCCAGGUGAUGGGGAUGUUCGCCUCCACCUACAUGAUGGUGAUGAUGACCCUGGACCGUUACAUCGCCAUCUGCCACCCGCUGAAGACGCUCCAGCAGCCCACGCAGCGCUCCUACAUCAUGAUCGUCUCCACGUGGAUCUGCAGCCUGGUGCUCAGCACCCCGCAGUCCUUCAUCUUCUCCCUGAGCGAGAUCAAGGAGGGCUCGGAGGUCUACGACUGCUGGGCCCACUUCAUCGAGCCGUGGGGCUCCAAGGCGUACAUCACCUGGAUAACGGUGGGCAUCUUCCUCGUGCCCGUGGUCAUCCUCAUGACGUGCUACGGCUUCAUCUGCCACAGCAUAUGGAAGAAUAUCAAGUACAAGAAGCGGAAAACGACGGCUGGCGCGGGGAACAAGAACGGGCUGAUCGGGAAGAAUUCAGUCAGCAGCGUAACAACGAUAUCGAGAGCCAAGCUGAGGACGGUGAAAAUGACUUUUGUCAUCGUUUUGGCGUACAUCAUUUGCUGGGCGCCGUUCUUCAUCGUGCAGAUGUGGUCCGUGUGGGAUGAAAACUCCCAGUGGGCUGAUUCUGAGAACACAGCAGUGACUCUGUCUGCGCUGCUUGCCAGUCUCAACAGCUGCUGUAACCCGUGGAUAUACAUGAUCUUCAGCGGACACCUCCUUCAGGAUUUUGUGCACUGCUUCUCAUGCUGGCACAAGAUGAACAAUGACUUCAGGAAGGAGGACUCGGACAGCAGCAUCCGCAGGACCACCCUGCUGACCAAGAUGUCCAACCGGAGCCCGACGGGCAGCACUGGAAACUGGAGAGAGCUGGAGAAUUCUCCCAAAACCUCCAUUCAGGCAGAGUGAAGUCACAUCUGGCAAAGAAGUUAAAAUGCAAAGUCAGCUCACCUUACCUUUGGCUGACAAGGACUAAACUGUCUCCCAAAUAUAACAAUAAUAGAGAAAAUUGAAUUUUUUUGCAAAGAAAAUGGAAAGCGAAUUAAAAAAAAAAAUCCAAUUUGGGCCCAUUUGUGGAUCUUAGUGAGGAUUUAAUAACUGUAAAAAUAUGGAGAAAGAAAAAAGAAGACUUCAUAUCAUAUCAUUCUCUAAAAAAAAAUAAAUAAAAAAAAAUCAGUCUUUAUUCAUUGAUGUGCAAGCAUGUGACAGCCCAGCUUCAGUAAAGGUUUUUUUUUUUCAUGCUCACAGCAUGAUUUCUUUGCUAUUUAUGGGAGAGAGCACUUUUCCAGGAAUCCUGAAGUUUUUAAUCGUGGUUUUGUCUCCCUGCAGUGCAGCUGAGUGUUUACAUAUAUAAAUCUCAGGUAGCAACCACAGAAUGAUACACGAUGGUGAAAACAACCCCCUCCUACCACACGUCUCUCAGUAACCGGAGCAGUCGCCUCUUUCCUUUCUGUUCAGCUCUCCGUUUCGCUGUUUGUCUCACAAUCAGUAAUUUCAUGUCUUAUAUUUCAGUGCAACUCAAGCUUUUCCUUUGGCCCAGCACAUGUGCACCGAGUUAAAUGAUUGGGGUCCAUGCAUCCACAUUUAUUCUAAUUUGUUGAAGGACUUGUUGCAUUGGUGCGGCAGGCGCUCUUCCGUCUGAUGGCUUUCAUUUCUGCUCAGCGAUCCCCCUCCGAAAUAAUGAGACAUGUUACACACAGAUGGCCAGUGGUGGGCGGGCGGCGGGGGCAGCUUUGAUGAAGUGAGGCUGACCAACAUGGGAUGAGGAUAUCUACCUUCCCACAGACUGUUCCUGUGGCUUUUCUAAAGAGUUCGGGGAGAAAGUGGUGCAUACCACUCACAGUGCGUCACCGUCUUCCUGAUUCUCCCCCGACAUCCUGCACCAUUGGGGGCUCCGUGUUUAGGCUUCGUUUGGGCUCCAAGCAAAAGAAUUUCCUGCACAUUAACCGUGAUGUGAAGCACUAUAAUGGCUGUAAGACUCCAUAAUAACACGUUCCUUGUAUCUAAACUGUAUAUAAAUGCUGUAAAUACCGUGUAAAUAUAUGUGUACCGUGCACCCAUGCAUGUACCAACAGUAUAUAUGAAUUUGUAUAUAAAAAGCACUCAAAUAUCUGUAAAUAAGGGUAAUAUAUGUAAAUCUUGUCAAGUUUUAUUUGUCUGUAAUGCUGUGCACAACUGAAAAUCCAAAUCUAUGUUGAA